GAAGGAGUUAGAUACUUGAUUUGGAGGCCUGGAGUGGGUAGGAUUCCGGAGCCAUUGCAGGAUCUCCUGAUACAUUUCCCCCUGGUCAGCAGGGAGGGAGCUCAGAGUGCCCACUCCCACGCCAAGCUCACCGCAGGAGUCCAAGGAGGGUUGGUUAGAAGUGUGAGGACUGCUGUAAUCUCAGGUUGUCAAGUGUACAGAGUGACAGUGUCCGGGGGUGACUCUGCAGGUGGCAGGGAUCUGGGAGGACUCCUUUCUUCCUGCUCCUUCAACCAGCCAUACUCUGGUGUGGGCUGUGGCUUCCAUGCAGAGCGAACCUUCGCCAGCCUCUGAACUGUAACCAUACACACACCUGCGCCUUCUUCCCUGCUGGGACCCUUUCUCUGCGACCAUGGUCUGGAGGACCCUAGGUGCAAGCAACUUUUCCAUCUGCCCCAACGGCUCCAUCCAGUGGAUCUGGGACGUGUUUGGUGAAUGUGCUCAGGAUGGCUGGGAUGAGGCCAGCGUGGGCCUGGGCUUGGUCUCCAUCCUCUGCUUUGCUGCAUCUACCUUCCCCCAGUACAUCAAGGCCUGCAAGACGGGGAACAUGGACCAGGCCCUGUCACUGUGGUUCCUUCUGGGCUGGAUCGGUGGAGAUUCCUGCAACCUCAUUGGCUCCUUCCUGGCAGACCAGCUACCCCUGCAGACCUACACGGCUGUGUACUACGUCUUGGCCGACCUCAUGAUGCUGACCCUGUACUUCCAUUACAAGUUCAAGAACCGGCCUUCUGCGUUGUCUGCCCCUAUCAAUUCUGUGCUCUUCUUCAUCUUGGGGACGGUGUGUAUCACACCACUCUUAAGCGUCAGUGAUCCUGUGGCUGUCCCCAGGGAAAGCUUCCGGGGAAGGAUGCUCUUGUCUGUGGAGCCAGGCAAUAAGCCCUUCACAAAGAAGGAGGUCAUCGGCUUUGUCAUCGGCUCCAUCUCCAGUGUACUGUACCUGCUCUCAAGGCUGCCUCAGAUCCGCACUAAUUUUCUACGGCAGUCCACCCAAGGAAUUUCCUACUCACUGUUUGCAUUGGUGAUGUUGGGGAACACGUUGUACGGGCUGAGCGUGCUGCUCAAGAACCCUGAGGUGGGCCAGAGCGAGGGCAGCUACCUGCUGCACCACCUGCCCUGGCUCGUGGGCAGCCUGGGUGUGCUGCUGCUUGACACCAUUAUCUCUGUUCAGUUCCUGGUGUACAGGAACCGCUCCGCUGCUACUGCCUCAGAGCAAGAGCCUCUCCUCCCAAGCUGACCUGUGCCGUGGAUGACGGGAACCUCGGCUGCCAUCCCAGGAAGAGUAAAGCGUGGGCAGUGAUACUGCAGCCCCCGGACUGGGCCUAGGAGGCGGCCUGAGGGAGGCCUGGGACUCUGGGCCUGGUUGCCUCCCGUCCGUGCUUGGACUUAGGACAAGUCUGGAGUUGGAUCAUGCUAUGUCGGGACAUUACCUCUCAGGUAUAAGACAGCUGCUCGAGGAGUCUGUAGGAGACCCAUAGCUGAGCCCCCAGAAGAUGGUGUGGCCACCUCCCAUCCACCUACCUCAAUCUGCCUGUGCACCCCAGGCUACAUCCGAUCCAGGGGACCCAGGGUUGUCCCUCUGACUGGACACAACCUAGUAAACGAUACCUUCCAUCUGGGCCUGUUUCUGCUGCUCCUUCCCAUGACAGCUGGGGUCUGGGCAGGGACCCAUGGUAAGUUCAUACUGAUGGGGGAACCGUGUCCAGUAUCCAUGGGCCCUUGGCUUUCUAACUUUUUAUCUCUCUGCCCUACUCUGGUGGCAUGACAUGGCAGUAACAGGGACACCUCAGUGGGCUCCCUGCUCCUGAGGCUCGGGAAGAGACAGAUAGCUAGGUGGGUUUGGCUGGACAUCCCCAGAGGCUUGGCAUGACCAUGCUACUGUUCCAGCAUUCUCUCCGGGGCUAUGUAGGGUGGGGCUUCUGUCCAAGUCAGAACUCAGUGAAGGUCACUUUGGAGGUAAAAAAGAAGGACAAACUGGUGCUUUUCUGAAGAAGGUAGUGAUCUAAGCAUGGGUGGAAGAGGAGAAGAGUGGGGGACAGGGCACAGAAGUGGCAAGGCUGAAAGGAAGGGAGAAAGGGUUGGUUCCACAUUCCUGUGGGCCUCCACCUUUUGGUGACCGGGGGCAGAGAACUAGCUACCUUUCCUGUUAGCCCCAGCUUGUGCACAUAUAUUAUUUUAGUUCCAAAAAAGCCAGAUGCAUGGCCAGGGGCCACCUGACAGACAGACAGACUGCCACCUCUGAGUGCUCUUUUAGCUUCUCUGUCCGCAGCUGCAGAAAAGAGAGGGUCUAUGUUGUGGCAUAGACCCAGGCAAAGCACUGCUGGCUUCAGGUGCUCCUUGUAUCCUGGGACCUGGCUCUAUGCUACUUUCCUUGGGCUGGAUGGCACCUUUCCCAGUUGGGAGAUCUGGGGCCUCGGUGUGGCACAUGACCUCAGGCACAGGCCUGAACCGAAGCUGGGUGGGCAGGAGAAGAUGAAAUGACAGUCCUGCUUGAGAAGCCCUCCUCUGUCCCUCCAGCAGGGGUGACAUCCCUUCACGGGGGGGGGGGGGGGAGAGAUUUCUUUUUUUUUUUGCCUGUGGCGAAUGCCUGGCUGACAGGAGGUGUGGUCUCUACCCAGGGAGUCAGACUGCCUAUCUAACCCCGAUUCCUCCUCUGUUUUGGAGGCUUGCUCCAGUGCUCCAUGGCGGGAUCAGUGUCAGGCUUGCAUCGUCUGGUUAUGCUUACCAGGUCUGUCCCUGGUGAGUGGUCCAGGGACUUGAGGAUCUCAAGCCUGCAUCAGCCACUGGUGAGCCUUGUGAUUUGGGCUGACUCCCUCAGCCUGUUCUUUCCCAUGACCAAAAGCGGUACUAGUGACUUUCGAGGGAGUUUAGCCAUCUCCCAUCUCCUCAGGCUCCUGGGGGACAGCCAGUUUGACUAACAGGACCCUGCUGUAAUGAUGGCCCCAGCUGUCUUCCCUUUCUUCUUCCUCUCCCACACCUCUUGUUACUUUUUACAGGUCAAGGAGGGGUGGGAUGCUCAUCUUGACGUGACCUGAAGGUACAGUAGGCCCCUUAGAUCUUUCCUCAGGCCUCGUGUGGGCAUUUUGGUUCCAGUUCAGGCUCAGCCACAGAAAUGGAAAUAUAUGUGCUAGGAGGGUCUCCCUCAAGCCACUCAGAGGGAGUGGAGUGGAGGCCGGACUGUAUACCUGCCAGAGAUCCCUCCUGUAGUGAGUCAGAUAGGUGUGUGUGUGUGUGUGUGUGUGUGUGUGUGUGUGUGUGUGAAUUUUUUGAGAUAGGGUCUUCCUAUAGCUCACAUCCGCUCCCAGACUAGGCUUCUCAUUGGUUAUUUAUCAGACCUGGGCUUCUUUCCCCAGUCACUACAACUAGCACAGUAUGGCUUCCAGAUCUCCUCUUCUCUUGGAGGUGGGGUCCAAAAUCACCCUUCUCCACCCCUUCUGAAUUGGCUUCAGGGACCACUUUCCCGUCCCUACCUGUCACCCAGCCCUGCCCACCAUAGCUGAGGAUGCAGCUGCCCCCUUCCUCCUUCCUUCCACACCUGAAGCAGAAAACUGAGCAGAGAGCGUCCGUCUCUACACUGCUAUGUCCCCAGGAUACAGUAGAUGAUGUUCAGUAAAACGCCCGAGACACUGUCCGUCUAGAGACUGGCAGUGGGGACCUGGCUGGCUUGCACUAGGUCACUAGCAACCGUACUUGGCGUGGACCACCUAGGGAGCACUGCUUGCUUGACAAAGUCCCAGCAUUUCGCUAUUGCGGAUCAGGGGAUCAGGAUUCUCCAGCACACUUUUACUUAUGCCUUUCCCUUGGGGAAAUUCUGUGCGGGCUUUGGUGAAGGAUGAACGUGUGUACAACAGUAGCUCUCUCUAAACAAAAUAAUUCUUUGGGAAAAAAACCAAGCCACCACCCUGGGACCAUCCAGUGUGAGAACUCUGCCUCCUCCCACACAAGUUAGCACCAGGCUGCUAGAAAACAGACAAGUAACAUCUGCUUGAUAGGUGACAAUCAAGACUUAUAAAUUCCUAAGGUCUGCUCAGGCUCACGGUAAUGCUUGUCUGGCCUCCUCUUUGCUCACUUUUAAGCUUUAGUUAAUCGAAUAAACAAAGCCACAUAAGAAACUACAA